AGAAGUCAGGCACGUAGCUCAGCUGCGGCCGCGGCGCGUGAGUUUGUGCUUCUGCGCGGGUGUCCGGGUUCUUCUGCCAUCAUGCCGAUGUUCAUCGUAAACACCAACGUGCCCCGCGCCUCCGUGCCGGACGGGUUCCUCUCCGAGCUCACCCAGCAGCUGGCGCAGGCCACCGGCAAGCCCCCCCAGUACAUCGCGGUGCACGUGGUCCCGGACCAGCUCAUGGCCUUCGGAGGCUCCAGCGAGCCUUGCGCGCUCUGCAGCCUGCACAGCAUCGGCAAGAUCGGCGGCGCGCAGAACCGCUCCUACAGCAAGCUGCUGUGCGGCCUGCUGGCCGAGCGCCUGCGCAUCAGCCCGGACAGGGUCUACAUCAACUAUUACGACAUGAACGCGGCCAAUGUGGGCUGGAACAACUCCACCUUCGCCUAA